AAUAACUACUCAUAAGUAACACACUAGAAGUGUCUUGCAUGCUUAAAGCACUAGGACGUUGUUCUCUUUUUAAACAUCGAUCAUCAGAUAAUAAACAAAAAAAUUGUAGAAAGAAAAUGGCAGAAAAGAGUAAGAUCUUGAUCAUUGGAGGAACGGGUUAUAUCGGUAAAUUUAUCGUUGAGGCUAGCGCGAAAGCCGGGCAUCCUACUUUUGUUCUUGUUAGGGAAUCUACGCUUUCUGAUUCUUCCAAAUCGUCUUUGAUCGAUUCGUUUAAGAAAUCGGGUGUUACUUUUGUCACUGGUGACUUGUAUAACCAUGAGAGUCUGGUGAAGGCAAUAAAGCAAGUGGAUGUUGUGAUAUCGACAGUGGGUCAUGGACAACUAGCAGAUCAAGGAAAAAUCGUUGCAGCAAUUAAAGAAGCCGGUAACAUCAAGAAAUUCUACCCAUCCGAGUUUGGAAAUGAUGUGGAUCGUACUCAUGCUGUUGAGCCAGCCAAAUCAGCAUUUGCUACCAAGGCUCAGAUUCGCCGUGCCAUUGAGGCCGAAAAAAUCCCUUAUACAUAUGUUUCUUCGAAUUGUUUUGCUGGUUAUUUCCUUCCAACAUUAGCGCAACCAGGAGUCACCGCUCCCCCAAGGGACAAAGUAAUUAUCUUAGGCGAUGGAAAUGCAAAAGUUGUUUUUAAUGACGAACAUGACAUUGGAACCUACACUAUUAAAACCGUGGAUGACCCAAGAACCUUGAACAAAGUCGUUUACAUCAAGCCUCCUGGUAACAUUUACUCAUUUAACGAAUUGGUGUCAUUGUGGGAGAAAAAGAUAGGCAAAACCUUGGAAAAGGUUUAUCUUAGGGAGGACCAAGUUGUGAAGAACAUACAAGAGUCUCCAGUCCCGCUAAACGUGGUGCUAUCAAUCUCUCACUCCAUCUUUGUUAAGGGAGAUCAAACAAACUUUGUGAUUGAACCAUCAUUCGGGGUGGAAGCUUCUGCUCUUUAUCCGGAUGUUAAGUACACUACCGUUGAUGAGUAUUUGAGUCGCUUUGUUUGAGAUGUCGUGUCUUGAUGGCCCGUUUGAUGGUGGGUUGAACUAUCACAAAAAAGAUGUUUGUAUCUAUAAGUGUGGAUGGUUUCUGUUUUCUAAAUCUUUUCUAUGUGUGCUGGUCUGUUGCUAAAGUUUGUAAGAAUAAGGAGACUUAAGUACCAUAGUGGACCCUUUGUAAAUGUGUGGAAUGCACUACAACCUUUAACUUUUAACUUUUGAGUGUUAUAAUGUUGUAAUGCUAUGCUAUGAAAAGGAAUAUGUGGUAUGCUACAGCCUUUUGAGGUUUUAUGGUA